CACAACCAAAAUGCAAUCAUGGCGCACGGGGUUCUGUGUUUGUAGAAUGCUGAGAAGUUUUUACGUAAACACUUCGUUAAUUUGCAUUGUAAUCAUUAAAUGUGCUAUAAUAAAUUGUCCGUAAAUUCCGAAGAUCAUAGCGAAGCAUACAUGUGUGUUCAAAUCUCGAGGUUUCCACCUAUUUGCGAUACCGUCUCUGUACUACAAGACACUUGCAGGUAUGAAAACCAUGAGAUAUGCUGUUUUAGCUCUCCUAUCUUAUAUAGAGCUAUCGAGUUGAAAGAUAACUUGGUGUCAUAAUGUCAGAGGCGUACGCCCGUGAGAUACUACGGAGGAAUGUUGCGCAAAUAUGCCAAACUAUAGGAUGGAACGGUAUAAACUCAACGCCGCUCGACAUUUUAGUACAUGUUUUGGAAAAGUACAUCUGUACACUUGGCACACAAGCUAACAGAUACUCUGAACAAUUUAAUAGGACUGAACCAAAUUUACAUGACUUAGGAUUAGUGUUUCGUGAUUUACACAUACAACUUCCAGAACUAGCGGAGUACACACGCUGCGUGCCACCUGUACCUCCACCCGUUAAAACUGAAAAGUUUCCCAAAUCGAAAGAAUCUAAUUUGAAUUUCCUUAAACCUGGCAGUCAUGAGGUUGUUACAAGACCAAUGCAUGUGCAUGAGCACUUACCACCCAUGUAUCCUGAGAAAGAAAGGGAUACCCCAGCAGUUGCUGGAACUGUUGAAAUCCGUCAAAAUGGUAUUGAUAGCAUUGAAAGUAACCCUAGCUGUACAAGUCCUGAAAUAUCAGUCACAGAUAGUCCAGAAAAAGCUAAAGACUUAUUUAAAAGGCCAAUUGAUCCAGUGGCAUUACAAAAUAGCAAACGGCCAAGGUUACGGCUGGAUGAAGAAGAAAGAACUAGAGAAAUCAGUAGUGUUAUGAUGACAAUGUCAGGCUUCCUGUCACCAGCACGGGAAGGCAAAUUGCCUGAAGCGAGACCUCCAACAAUAAUAUCGGACAGACAUGAAAAACAUAAAGCAAAUUUGCAUCAUUCAAACUCAAUCAAAUUACCAUUGUUAGAUAAAAGUGAUAAAAAAUCUAAGAAAAAUAAAUUAUUAAAUGGCAAGAUUAUGAAAAGUAAAAGAAAAGAUAAGAGUCAUAAAGGUGAAAGUAGCAAAUCUAGGGAUAGUAAUAAAUUGGACAGGUAUCCUCCAGGAUAUCCAAUAAAGAAUAAAGAUAUACAUCCAACCCAUCAUAAUCAUGUAACAAUGCCUGCGCCGAGGAUGAUGCCCCCUUCAAAGCCACCGGCACCCACACCUUCUCCAAUGUUGCCGUCAUCUGCUGUGCCUGCAGUGCUAGUGCCAGUACAAGUGCCAGUACAAGUGCCAGUACAAGUGCCAGUGCAAGUGCCCGUGCAAGUGCCAGUACCGGAACCUCUGAGGCCUGUUAUUAAGCAGGAACCUAUAGAUCCUCCGCCGACAAUAAGUAGACCACCACCUAAACUUCCAGAAGAUGCAAUUCCUGUGCCUAGGAAAAUACCAAUUUCAAAGUCACCACUAGUGUCAAACUCUUUACCUGUAAAUAAGCAACCAACAUCCACAAAUUCCCUUAUUCCAGAAGUAGAAAUUAAAAAAGAGGUGGUUGAAGAAGAAGAGAAACUGGCUUCCCAACCAGAUAGAUCAAAAAGUAAUAUAUUUAAAAGAAUAUCGAACAAAUCUAAAGAAGACAAAAUCACUCCAGAGGUUGUACCUGAAAAAAUGCAUACACAGUCUGUCGCUAUGAUCUCAAGGAUACAAAAUUCUGCACACAAUUCUGCACAUGAAUCAAAAAGUGAUAACAUUAGAGUUAAAAGUGUUGAAUCUAUUAUGAACAAUAACAAUAGUCCUGUAGAUUUGUCCAGAGAAAUAGAUAUUAGAUCUCAUGAAGUUAUUAAUAUAGAUGAUGAUUCUUUUGAUAUGCACCCUAUGCCACAGUUUAGAACUUUAAAUCCAGAACCCCGUCCACCAGGUGGUCUAUCAAUAAAUAAAUCUCUGCAGUUCCCAUUCUCCAAAGACAUGGCUGGUGUAAGUCCUAAAACAAAGAAGGAAAAGAAACAUAAAGAGAAAAAGGAUAAAGCAUUAAAGAUAGAAGCAAAACUGAAGAAACAGCACCAGCAGUUACAAUCUUUCCAAAUGGUUCAAAUGGCUGAGAAGAAAAAAAUGAAACUGGGUAAUGAUAAGCCAUCAAAACCAAAUAGGUCAAAGAAUGAAGUAAAGCUAUCACAAAUGCCUCCAGGUUUUCCCUUCUUCCACACCAUGCCUCCAGGUAGAGGGAUGAUGUCUGGACCUGGUUUGAUACCAAGUGACCUAUUUGCUAACUUAGCUAACAAUCCAGCACUUAGGGGUAUACAUCCUCCAAACUUACUUACUAAUCCAUUUGCAUUAGGAUCAGCAGGAGUUGGACUUAUACAGCCGCCAAGCUUCCUACCAGGUGGUCUAGGACCAGGAAUUCCCAACCAUCUCAUGCAAAUGGGCAACUUUCCUCAUACAUCCCGAUCGUCAUCUGUAAAAAUUCCGCAAAUGCUCCGUCGCCCUAGUUUGGAGGUAAUACCCGUCGACAAUGAGGAGCAAAGAAUAAUGCAUAAGUCACCCAUGAUACCACGUGAAAAGGACCGUCAUGAUAAGCACAAACCUCCUACCAUUCCAAAUAUUCUACAGAAACAAAAGUUGAAACAUAAAGAUCAUAAAGCUAACUUGUAUAAAAUGCCCCCUGUACAGCCUGAUAUCACUAUUGAGUUAAAUCCUCCAAAACUGGAACAAGUCCGGCAAGAGCCGCCGAGAGAACCACCACCUCCCGUGCGAUUACCAUCCCCGAAAAAAGAAGAGCCCGUACCAAUCCCGGAACCGGCACCUAUUCCUAAACCCGAACCAGAAAGGGUUGUUAUUAUGGAUGUUCCGCAAGAAAAAGAACUAGAUAAUUUGGAAAGGAAAAAGGACAAAUCCCAUAAAAAAGAAAAGCGUGACAAAGACGGUUUAAAAAUCAAAAAGAAAAAAGACAAGAAGGACAAAAAUAAAGAUAAAACAGAAAAGAAAAAAGAUAAAGAAGAACGUCACGAGCUUAAAGAUAAAAUCAAAAAGGAAAAGAAAGAGAAAAAGAAAGAAAAGGCCACAGAUGGUUUGGUACCCAAGCUGACCCUUAAAUUAAGUUCCUCCAACUCGAAUUCCCCGAUGCCCCCUAGUUCGCCCGAUAUAUUCAAAUUAAAUAUAAGGCCAGUUGUUAAAAAGGAGGACGAUGAUGCUUCUUCGAUAAAAGACGAGCCCACGUCGCGAGAACACAGUCGCUCGCCAGAAUUGGCGCAAAUUUCAGCCUUGGUAACGAGACCGCCCAAACAAAAGCAUUCAAAGCAUAAUCACAUAGCGGAUGGGGAGGCGCAGUUAUCGUCGCCUCCUAGUUCUCCUUCGCCGCAAAGGAAAAAUCGUCCUCCAUCGAGUCAUUCGAAGUUAAAGAAAAUAUUGUUCAAGCCUAUGUCGAAAAAGUCUCAAGAAGAUGAUUUGGAAGACGAGUCGGUUGCGUUUUCAGAAGAACCCGUGCCUACCGCGGCCCCGGCGCCAACGCCGGUGGCAGUCGACAAACCUAGUGGGCCCUUGCCGACACCGUAUUACGUAGACGAGCAUGGGAACAAGAUCUGGGUGUGCCCCGCGUGUGGUCGGCCAGACAACGGCUCGCCUAUGAUCGGUUGCGACGGGUGCGACGGUUGGUACCAUUGGGUGUGCGUAGGGAUAACGGAGGAACCCGGCGCGACGGAAGAUUGGUUCUGCAAGUCGUGUUUAGCCAAGCGUGCGGCAAUGGUUUUAGCCGGUGUCCCCUCCGGCAAAAAACGCGGCCGCAAACCAAAAGGGGAAAAAAUAAGAGACUGUCAUUGACUGUCGGACUUUUCGUUGUUGCUGAGAUUAGUUUUAAUUUAACCGUUCGAUAGAAGUGAGUGAAUGGAUUGCUACCUACUUGUUAAUGAAUUAUUGUUGAUAUCAUGCGGAAAAGUUGUCACCAUUUAUAAUGUUAUAUCAUAGGCUAGACGUAAGUAUAGAUAAUGAUUGAAUAUUGACAUAAAAUGUUGAACAUAAAAAAAUAGUAUAGGUACAUGUAAUAAUUACCAUAAUUUUAAUGAUUUUUUUGUUAAAUUUCUUAUUUUCUCGUUCGCUCGGUUAGAUCAAGUUUUAAUGUGAAUGCGGGCGUGUUGUACACUUGCUGCGUGUAAACAUAGAGGUUUUAAUAUAAGAUUCUUUUUAUAUUGUACAAAAAACUGAAUUUACUUAAGAAAUUGGUGAUGUAAAAAGUAAUGUAGUGAAUAUUUAAAUAAACAGAAAGAAGGCUGGAUGUAAGUAUAUUCAGCAAUAUUUGAAUAUUUUCAUAUUAUAAUUUUAAUAUAACUCUGUUUUUAAUUAUUUUUUUGUUGAAAUUGUUCCUUCUUAUCUAUGUACAGGGCUAGCACAAUCUCGCAUUACUCUCCCGCUCUGUGAAUUAUUAACAAUUAUAAACUGGCGCGAAGGUGCUCGUCCUAAGUAACACAUUCAUACAUGGAGGGGAGGGAUAUGUGUAAAUUUUGAUUUCAGCCAGUGGCCAAUUAAACAUAUUGGUACUAUAAA